GCUUGCAAAAAGGAGAGGAUCAUCUAGUAGUAUUCUAGCUCUACCUGCUUUCCCCACUCGUGCUCUCGCCAUUCGCUCGAACCCCGAAGAACUGGCAGUGGCAGGUAGGUUCGCGCUCGUCUCCGCCUUCCAGUGAUUCCCCUGCCGCUGCAUUUCCCCCGGAUUCUCUCCGGUUUCAACUGCCGUAAGGUCGUGCCUGUGGUUUACCUAAGUACUUGCACUUUGGACGAGGAGAGAGCUUCAUAGGCCAUUCAUUGCUGGAGGUUACUAGAGGAUCACUACUUUGAACUCAUUAAAGUGUCUAAUGAUGGCUGCUGUUUUAAAAACAAGUGGCAGUUUUUGUAGUACACAACAGCAGCAUUUUCAGCAAUCAAGAAGGGAUCAGUUUUUGCAUGGUUCUUAUUCAAAUUUCAAACAUUGCAAAAGCAAGAAGAUAAUAAAGCCUGCUCCACUGUGUGCUAGAGUGACUUCCUCGAAAGUGGAACUAGAUGUUAAGGAUCCAUAUUGGAAGCAGAAGUUUCAGGAAGACUGGGAAAGCCGGUUUGAUUUGCCAAGUAUUACUGAUAUAUAUGAUCUGAAACCAAGGCCAACUACAUUCUCACUCAAGAAAAACAGAACUCUUACAGGUGAUGAAAAUGUGGAUAUGUGGAAUGGUUAUGUUAACAAUGAUGAUCGGGCACUUUUGAAGGUGAUAAAGUAUUCAUCGCCUACUUCUGCUGGAGCAGAGUGUGUUGAUCUUGACUGUAGCUGGGUGGAGCAAUGGGUGCAUCGAGCAGGACCACGCAAGGAGAUAUACUAUGAGCCAGAGGAAGUAAAAGCUGCUAUAGUUACCUGUGGAGGUCUAUGUCCUGGUUUGAAUGAUGUCAUCAGACAGAUAGUAUUCACCCUAGAGACCUAUGGUGUUAAGAAUAUUGUUGGAAUUCCAUUUGGUUAUCGUGGAUUUUUCGAAAAGGGCCUCAAAGAAAUGCCGCUUUCACGUGGUCUAGUGGAGAAUAUAAAUCUUAAUGGUGGAAGUUUUCUUGGUGUUUCUCGCGGUGGAGCUAAAACUAGUGAGAUUGUUGAUAGUAUACAGGCCAGAAGGAUUGACAUGCUUUUUGUACUUGGUGGAAAUGGUACCCAUGCAGGAGCAAAUGCUAUCCAUGAAGAGUGCCGUAAGAGAAAGCUGAAGGUUUCAGUUGUAGCAGUUCCAAAAACAAUCGACAAUGAUAUACUUUUGAUGGAUAAAACAUUUGGUUUUGAUACAGCUGUUGAAGAAGCCCAACGAGCCAUUAAUUCCGCAUAUAUAGAGGCACGUAGUGCUUACCAUGGUAUUGGCUUGGUCAAAUUAAUGGGAAGAAGCAGCGGGUUUAUUGCAAUGCACGCUUCCCUUUCAAGUGGGCAGGUCGAUGUCUGCUUAAUACCUGAGGUCCCGUUCACUCUAGAUGGAGAAUUUGGUGUUUUGCGGCAACUUGAGCAUUUGCUAAAGAGUAAGGGAUUUUGUGUGGUUUGUGUUGCAGAAGCUGCUGGACAAGAUCUACUCCAAGAAUCAGGUGCGACUGAUGCAUCAGGAAAUGUGAUAUUGAGUGACAUUGGUGUUCACAUGCAACAGAAGAUUAAGAUGCAUUUCAAGGACAUUGGUGUUCCAGCUGACGUGAAAUACAUCGAUCCAACUUACAUGGUUCGUGCAUGCCGUGCCAACGCAUCUGAUGCAAUUUUGUGUACCGUGCUCGGACAAAAUGCUGUCCAUGGGGCAUUUGCUGGUUUCAGCGGCAUCACUUCUUGCAUCUGCAACACGCACUACGUGUACCUUCCCAUCACGGAGGUCAUCACAGCACCGAAGCGCGUGAACCCGAACAGCAGGAUGUGGCAUCGGUGUCUCACGUCCACUGGUCAGCCUGACUUCCACUGAUCUGCCAUCGUCACUGCAUAACCAAAUUCGCAUAGUUUGAGGUACUAGAUGAUUUACAAUUCUUUCGCUGAUGUGCUCCAUUCACAUCGUGAGGUUCCAAGAUUAGUUAAUAAUGCUAAACUGAGUGGACUUGUCUGGUUUGUUCACGAAGGUGGUGUUGUCCAUUGUUCCGAAGCUCUGGUAUUUGAGAAAUUUGCAUAUUUAACACUAUAAAGAUGUGACUCCACAGAUUUGCCAUUUUCAAGAUGGGCUA